AUGACAAGAAAUCCGUUUAUGGUAGAGCCAUCGAGCGGCUCUCCUCAAAGAGGCUCGAUUCCGCAGCUGAGUAGGUUCCAUACCAACACCAGUGGUAGAUCCGAGGGGACUACGUAUGAUCGUGAAGAUUUGGGCGACGACUAUGAUCAGUCCAGGAGAUUUCAGGGCCUUCCGCAGUCACCCUCGAGGGCUGCCCAGCGAUAUUCACCUGAUCGUCGUCAUAGGGCCCAGUUUUAUCGUGACAGUGCCCAUAGCUCGCCCGUUGUAGAUCGGUACAGAGCCAAUGGGUAUGGGUCGCCUCAGCGACCCAUCAAUCCGAUCUUCCAGGUCGAUGACAACGAUGCCGAGACGGAGGACAUUAUUAGCGGUUACCAGGCACAUCCGCAGCAGGUACCGAGGAGUGCACCCCGUAGUGGUAAUCUUUUCGGGGAAAGAUUGUACUCACAGAGCUCUAAGGCCACCGUCUCGACAGGUUCGACGAUGAGCAGAGGCUCGUACGAGAACGAUGGGAAAGCGCGCAAAUCUUUUGAGAGCUAUGACGACCAAUCGACUGCUUAUACUGAUGACUUUGCCGAGACCAAGUUCGAGGUAAAUCACCCAGUUCGUAAGGACUAUGUCAGGCGUGCUAACUCUGAGAGCAGAAGAAGACCGAUGUUGGAAAAUCCAAAUCUAGCAAAGGCGAUCCUGAAACUGGAUAAUCCUAUUCCAAGAGGGUUGCUGGACACCCUGCCACGGAGAGACUCCCCGGAGUUUACAGAGAUGAGAUACACUGCAUGCACUGUUGAGGCGGACCAUUUCUUGGAAGAAGGUUACUCACUGAGGUUUGCUGAGAUGAAUCGAGAAUGCCAAAUUGUCAUUUGUAUUACGAUGUACAACGAAGAUAAAUUUGCAUUGGCUAGAACUAUUGAUUCGAUCAUGAAGAAUGUGGCCCAUCUGUGCAGCCGCAGGCGCUCACAAGUCUGGGGUCCUGAUGGUUGGAAGAAAGUAUCUGUUAUCCUGAUCAGCGACGGUAGAACAAAAGUAAAUCAAGGUGCUCUGGACUACCUAGCGGCCAUCGGUGUCUACCAGGAAGACAUGGCCAAGGCAUCAGUCAACGGAGAUCCAGUGAAGGCACAUAUUUUUGAGUUAACAACACAGGUUUCCAUAAACUCCGAUCUUGAUUACGUUUCUAAGGACAUUGUGCCAGUGCAGUUCGUGUUUUGCUUGAAAGAAGAGAAUAAAAAGAAGAUUAACUCGCAUCGCUGGCUAUUUAACGCUUUCUGUCCUGUACUGCAGCCAAAUGUGGUUACAUUGAUUGACGUCGGUACCCGCCUAAAUCAUACAGCCAUUUACCAUCUAUGGAAAGUUUUCGAUAUGGACUCAAAUGUGGCUGGUGCAGCAGGCCAAAUCAAGACAAUGAAGGGCAAAUGGGGUCUGAAACUUUUCAAUCCGCUAGUCGCCUCCCAGAAUUUCGAGUACAAAAUCUCAAAUAUUCUUGAUAAACCAUUAGAAAGCGUGUUUGGAUAUAUAUCGGUGCUGCCUGGUGCGCUGUCUGCUUACAGGUACCGAGCCCUACAAAACCACGAAGAUGGAACCGGCCCGUUGAAUUCAUAUUUCUUGGGAGAAACGCAAGAAGGUAGGGAUCAUGACGUCUUCACUGCUAAUAUGUAUUUGGCCGAAGACAGAAUUCUAUGUUGGGAGUUAGUGGCUAAGAGGGAUGCUAAAUGGGUACUGAAAUACGUCAAGGAAGCCACCGGUGAGACUGAUGUUCCAGAAGAUGUUCCGGAGUUCAUUUCGCAGAGAAGACGUUGGUUGAACGGUGCUAUGUUUGCGGCAUUGUAUGCUCAACUUCACUUCUACCAGAUCUGGAAGACAAAACACUCCAUAACGCGCAAAAUAUUCCUGCAUAUUGAAUUCUUCUAUCAGUUUGUUCAAAUGCUAUUCUCAUGGUUCGCCAUCUCGAACUUUGUUUUGACGUUUUACUACUUAGCUGGCUCAAUGAAUCGAGUGAUCAAGAAUGGUAACGCAGUUUUCAUCUUUUUCAAGUACCUAAUCUUCUGUGAUUUGGCAAGUUUGUUUAUCAUUUCAAUGGGUAACCGGCCACAGGGGGCCAAACAUUUGUUCAUAGCAUCAAUGAUCAUUUUGACCAUCUGCGCCGCCUAUGCAUUGAUUUGCGGGUUUGUUUUUGCAAUCAAGGCAUUAGCAUCCAAAGAAGAAUCUCAUUCCAUUUUCACUAAUAUCAUAAUUUCGCUGCUUUCCACAUAUGGUGUUUACACCAUUACCUCUAUCAUGUACCUAGAUCCCUGGCACAUGUUAACGUCCUCAGUUCAAUACUUUUUGACUCUUCCAGCUUUCACAUGUACUUUACAAGUGUUCGCCUUCUGCAAUACGCACGACGUCUCAUGGGGUACCAAAGGAUCCACAAGUAGCUUAAAGCCACUUUCAAAAGCCAUUGUCGUCCAAGGUCCUGACGGUAAACAGAUUGUCGAAACGGACUGGCCCCAGGAAGUUGAUAAAAAGUUCACCGAGAUCAAAAGCCGUUUGAAAGAGGUCGAAUUUGAAGAAACAGUGGUCGACGAAUCUCAAAAACGCAAUGAUUACUACAGAGAUAUCAGAACGAGAAUUGUCAUGAUUUGGAUGUUAUCAAAUUUGAUAUUUAUCAUGUCGAUUACGCAAGUUUACAAACCGGAGAAGGUUAAUAACGGAUACCUAAUUUUCAUUCUGUGGUCAGUAGCCGCACUAGCCGCUUUCAGAGGUCUGGGAUCUAUGGCUUUCUUGUUCAUGAAAUAUUUGCGUAUGAUUGUGAGCUACAAAAAUAAGGCCGAGGGCAAUGGCUCCUAUAGCCUGCCCAAAAUGAACGUUUUUAACCGGAGCGACGAAGCUUGA